GCCCGCUUACGAGUUACCACGUAUGUAACUUUGUGUGUGAUUGUUUUUCUGUAUGGCUUAGAAUUUGGACAACCUCGGGCUCAUAAUAUUUAAAGAUCAAACAGAAUGGAAUUAACAGCAAAAUGAUCAAUGUUCGUAGGUUAUUUAGUAUAGGGUGGGGAAAGAUGGGACACCUAUAUCACAUAAAAUCCAAAUAUCCUGAUCAUGUUUUAUACAAUUAACAACAGUAUAUGGGAGUCGUGAGGGUACGGUUUUAUAUUGUUUUGAAUAUUCUUAGUUUGCUACCAAAUGAGACGAGAAAAUACAUUGAAAAGCUGUCCUAUCUUCCCCCGCUCUACUAUUCAUACAUGAGUAUACUAAAUAAAUACCUUUCGGUAUCAGUUUCUCCAAAAAAGUUUGAACCUCUUGAGUUUUGAUUUGUGCAAGUUUAGCGUCCAUUGACUCACACGCAAUAGUUGCAUUAUGGUAGGUAACUCUACUACCAUUGUGUAUAUAAUACUUCCAUGCACCAAGUUCAUGCCAAACUGGUUGCAUGUCUUCGCUUCCAGUUGCUCUUGCUCCACCAACCAGAAAAACAAAUAACACGAAAUACAGUUUAUCCAUCUGAUGGUCCAAUACUAUAACCGCAUCAUACACCACCAUAUACGUUGCAAACAUAUAUUGUUGAUCGCACAUGCGACUUAAUAAACUUAAAUUGCCUAUAGGUGUUGUAGCCAAACUUUAAUCGGAAGCAUAAGACACUAUUAUGCUCGCUUCCGCCAAACAAUGGGGUAUAGAUCGUUUGUUUGAGCGAUCAUUUCCUUUUAUAUAAUCUAAAAUAUAAAUAGGUAAGUGUGUAACCUAAGUUCACAAUUAAACAGGUACGUUCGUUUAAAGUUAAGCCUGGGAGUUGGGAGAAUGAAUGCAAGUCACAAAACAAUGCAACCGUUAAUUGCUCCAAUUACAAAAAAAAACUUGUGGCAAGGCUUUACUUUUUUGUCGCCUACUAUGUAGGCUGUUAUAUAUGUAUUAUCUAUGGUUGUACACCCGUGUUAUGAAGUACUUCUGCCAAGCGAGUGGAAACAAUUAACAUUCAUUCCUUUAGCCCGUUGUUUGUUUGUACUGGAUUGACGUAGUGUUAUACUAAAAUCUUAUACAUAUCACCCACAAAGUGUCAUACGUGAGUCGUAAGUGGGAACAAAAUGUAUAAAACAGAACGCCAACUGUCCUUGCCCCGCCAUGCGAGGAUAAAUAAGUUACAGUCGUUUUAUUACUUUAAUUUCAUUAUUACACCAUUUAUUGCGAAAUGGUGCUCUCAUAACUUAACAAUAUUUAUUCUUAGCACUUUUUGUAGAUCAAAUAUUAUUUAUCCCCUUUUUUUAUUAACUUCAGUAUUUUCGCCAAAUAAAGUUUGGGCAGUUGAUUCGCCAAAACAAAUGAGGAAGUGCCAGAACCCAGAAGAUUAACAGUUGGUAUAAUUCUGUGUUUUCUGUCUGCACAAAACUGUAUUAGUAAACGUAAAUUAUAUACGAACCUGCUAAUUAUACAAAGUACAAAGCUUUAGAUCAGUUAAAGUGCUGUGCAAAAAUAACACAGAGAGCACAGAAACCUACGAUGAUCAUACAAAGAAACGAAUGAAAUGCGGGCUUGACUUUAUACUUAACGUAUAUUAUCAGUGUGCAUAGUAUAAUGUAUGCGACUUGAUAAUUACUUGCACUAUUAUAUACAAACGUUAAUGCAAACUCGGUGCUAGUGAAAAGUCUUCCCCCCACCUUAUUUGCUAACCACUAACACCUAUAACCACUAACUACUAGCCCCUAUAACCACCAACCACUAACACUUUUCACCAGCCUAUUCUGCUAUGUACCGGAGGAUUCUUCACUAGUGCCCUGUAUUCUAAUAGCUUUUAUUUCACUCAGAUAAUUUCAUUGUUUUUAGAUAAAGACAGUGUAACAUUAUGCCUGCUUAUCAUUCUGCUCAAACUUUUCAAAAAUCCAUUGGCAACCUUGCGUUGGUUCCAAUUAAGUGUCCAACCAAAUACAAAGGCCCGGCACCGCGUCUGCCAAAUGAUGCCACAGAUAUCAUUGAUGAAACGAUCGGGUUCUUUCGUGCAAACAUCUUCUUCCGGAAUUACGACAUAAAAUCUGACGCAGAUCGUACACUUAUCUACAUCACAUUAUACAUCCAGGAAUGCCUGAAAAAGCUGCAAAGGUGUGCCAAUAAAGAGCAAGGAAGAAAGGAGUUAUACACCUUGGCUGUUUCUCCAUAUGACAUACCUGGUGACCCAGGUUUCCCAUUAAAUGCCAUGUAUUCCAAGCCACAAAGCCGUGCGGAAGCCGACCAAAUGAAGGCUUACAUCGGCCAGCUUAGAUUGGAAAUUGGUGACCGUUUGCUUGAGAAAGUUAUCGACCAGGAAACUGGCAAACCAAGCAAGUGGUGGAUGUGUUACUCCAAGAGAAAGUUUAUGGAGAAAAGUCUCUCAGCACCUGGAAAAUAAUAACACUGGUCAAAAAAACAAUAAACGCUGAUCUAAUAGACAGUAUAAACAAGCUGCAAAUGUUAUCGAUAUAUACUUAUUAUAAAUUAACUGGUUAUCGCAAUCAAAACCUAUAAUCAUAUAUAGUAACUUGUGUUGAUUUUUUCAAAUUGAUUAAACCGAAUUGCUAUAGCAUAAUUCCGCUUUCUACGACUAUUCAGAACACAAAUUUAAAUUAAGAAUUUAUAAACCUUAAUUCGUAGGUCUUAACCCAGUUGCUCUAAACUGGGGACAUAAAAUUUGCGCCUUUAGAUUGUCAAGACACUAAAAGCAUAUUAUUUCAAGUGUAAAAUGUAUUCAACGUGUUCUGAUGUCGUGUUUACAAAUAUUAUACUUACAAAUCAUAAGCAUUAUCCAUACUUGCUUUAAAUAAAAUAUUGUGUUACAUCUUUGCACUUAUAUUUUGAUCCACAAAAUAGUUAUUUUAAUUGAAAUUGGAACAUUUAGUCGGUUAAAAAAUAAAAACUUUUUUCAUGGAAUGUUUUUGUGUGCCGCUGUAUAUUCAUUGUAAGCUAUAUACGGAAACAAGCUUCUAUU